AUGACCUCCUUACCAUCACGGCUGGAAGGGAUCAGACCAGCGCUGGAAUCCAUAGCCAGCCAGUCAAGGCGGCCCGAUCGGCUCAUUCUUUCACUGCCAAGGCUCUCGGUGCGCGAAGGCAGAAAGUACGAGCUGCCGGAUCAUGUCAAACAUCUAAUGUCAAGCCAUCCAUGGAUGGAGGUUCAUUGGAUGGAGGAGGAUGCAGGACCAGGCACCAAAUUGCUUGGGGCAGUCGACUGGUUUCAGAAGUCGAUUGGUGUGGCGGUAUCCGGUGACAUGCUGAUGCUGCUAGACGAUGACCACGCUUACCUCCCAUCGGCCAUAGGUGAGCUGUGGCAGAUUCAGCAAAGACUUGGAUCUGGCCACGUCAGCUCCUUCUUUGCUUAUUUUUUCCGUGGGCUAAUGGUGCCACAGGGCGCUGAUAUUGUAGCGCUGCAACUGGACGCAACAACGAUUGAGAACCUUGUCAGCUUUCACAGGUGCUUUGUGAAAGGCGAUGCGGCAUGUUUUUUGGUGGAUGAUCUCUGGACUGCCAUGUUCUACUUUCUCUGCGGGCGGCAGGUGCACUCCUUCCGCGAGAAUGUCCUGAAGAGGGGCAAGGAGACAAUAUACACGCGCACGGACAAUGCAUCCGUGGCGGCGCUGAUGGAUUUAGAGGGAAGCGCGAGAAGGGAUCGCGCAAUGGUGUCCGCAUUUGAGGGCUUGCUGCAGCGUCUUCUCGAAGAGACGCCCCAGCUGCGGAGCCAGCCACUCAGCGAGGAAUCACCGACCUACGCCCUGCAGCUGUUGGCUGUGAGCGGCGCGCUCGGUGCUUUUGGUGUCGCAAUGGGUGCCUUCGGUGCACAUGGGCUGAAGAAGUAUGUCUCUGACCCUGAGCUUCUGGAAUCCUGGAAAACAGCGGCCUGGUACCAGCUGAUUCAUGCUGUUAUGGUUGCCGUCGCUGCCAGCCUUCGAAAAGGCAACUCUGCCCCGAGACUGUUCUCUUACGGCUGUGUUUGCUUCAGCGGAAGCAUUUAUGGCUUGGUCCUACUUCCAAAAGGGCAUAGCUUGCGGAAGAUCCUAGGGCCCGUCACGCCGAUAGGUGGCCUUCUGUUCAUCGCUGGCUGGUUGUCUAUGGCGCUAGGAUCACCGAAGCAGGACAUAUCGAGCCCGCGUCGUGACUGA